AUGAAGUUCCUUGCCCACAUCUUUCUCUUCCUCGCCUUCAUCCUGGUGAUGGUGGGAGCAGUUCAAGGGCAGAUGAUGGAGGAGCCCGAAGCCGAUGGCAAAAUGGCAGAAGAAAUCGACGAGAUGAUGAAGGAAGCCGCAGAUGAAGCUGAGCAUUCUGAGCGGAAGAUGGGUAGACGCUUCCGCGGCGGCUACGGCUACGGCUACGGCUACCCUUACUACGGUUAUGGCUAUGGAUACCCAAGCUACUAUGGAUACGGAUACCCCUCUUACUACGGCUGGGGUCACCGCCGCUGGGGCCGUUGGUAA